GCGAUUCUUAGCGCGGCGGGACCGCCCCCCGGAGCCGCGCGGCCAAUGGCAGGCGAGGAUGGAGGGGUGGCUAUCCCCUCCCGCUGGCUACUCGCCAACCGCGCGCUCACCCUCCCGAGCGCGACGAUUCUCCUCCGCAGUACUUUCGCCAUGUUCGCGCUGGACGAGCGGCCCGUCGUCCUCUUGCUGCGAUAGUGAGGCUCCCCGAGUUCAGGAGAGGAUCGUCGUCCUUCGUCUUCGUCCUCGCGAGGAGCGAUCAGGAGGAAAGGAGGAGCGCCAAUAAAUAUAGGGAGGGCCCCCGCGGUCGCCCGCCAUGGCGGGCCCGUAUCUGUCGCCCCUCGGGCCCCAAGCUGACUUGUUAACCGAGUACAUGUUCGGCCGCCGUCGUCAGGUCAGUAGACGCAAUCGAACAACAUUCACACCACAACAGCUGCAGGAAUUGGAAUCUCUCUUCCAGAAAACGCAUUAUCCCGAUGUUUUCCUUAGAGAGGAAGUCGCACUUCGGAUAUCACUCUCGGAAGCACGUGUUCAGGUAUGGUUUCAAAACAGACGGGCAAAGUGGAGAAAGCAAGCUCGGUUACAAUUGCUGCAGGACGCGUGGAGAAUGCGAUGCUUGGGUUUAGGAAGCGCCACGCCGUUGCUGCUCGGCCGACCGCCCCCCGUCAGUCCCAGUGGCCUCACCACCGAGAGGACCACCACCGAUGCGUCUUCCUCCACUUCGCCGUCGUCCUCGUCAGCCCUCACGAGUUCGCCGACCGCGAGCGACAAGCUGCCCGAGACCGGCGGUCCCGUGUCGGUCUGCAGAGACUUCAGAAUCCUGCCCCCACCCCCGCCCGGAUAUUCGGUACCUUGCGACAAAUCGCCCGACAGGAUCAAGUGUCGAUGCGGGACGCCGCCGAGGAUCUGCUCGAGUCCGGUGGAUAUCCUGGCGACGAGGGAGCGGCCGCAAGAAGCCGAGAUGGACCUCACUCUCAAGGGCCACCAUCAUGCGUCUACUAGGCAGGUCGCCACCCUGUUUCAUCAUCAUGUAGCGAGCAGUCCUCAGCAAAACCUGGACGAGCCUUUAGACGUCACUCUAAACAGCGGCAAGAACAACUGA